GUUUGUGGGUAAAUGCCACAAAAUCAGCUGGACACUGAUACCUUGAAGCUGAGGGUUGAGACAUAGGUAUUGUUAUUCGCUAGAUAGAUAGCUAAGUGAACAUACUCUGUGUGUGUCUGCCAUUACAGCAUUUCACUUUUGAUUCCUAACAGGAUUUACUAGAUAUCUGGCAGUCAGCUUUGAUGGGGUUGAUUGGAGUGGCUAACAUUAGCUAAGUUAGCUAGAAAAUAACUUACCCUGCUUUCUCCGUUUUUGCGGAACCUCCUCCGUGUCACUUGAAUCAUCGCUUGGUGAAGAUACCUCAUUUGGCAUGAUCUCGGAGUACUGAUAAAUGACUAAAUUGAAAUUAGUCUAACUAAAAGCGCAUGCCUUCAUCAACAUGUUUUGUUCCAAAAAAAUAUAUAGUACCUUUGACCUGGAUACACUAAAUCUAGCUCGGUUCGCGAUGAUCUGGGCUGCGCAUAUCAGUACCUUUUGUAAAUAUAUCUUAUUUUACAUAGAGUGUUAAAAUAUAAACCAUGGUCUGUGUGCAAUCAAAAUUCGCUUUUUAGACGCAACUGAUGCUGUUCACGAAGCGCAUACUCGCGAAGGCCCUCCGGAACUAAAACAACAAAUCCCAGAAUGCACCAUUAGCACGGCGUUGUGUAAGUUCCAGCAAAGACAGUCUUCUAGUAUGAACACUCACGUGCACAGGGCGGCCGAAAUGGAGUAAACACAACUUUUUAUGUGUGUUUAAUACAGAGAGUGUAUCAUAUUUGUUAAGGUAUUGGAGAAGUAACAGACGCGGCGAUUAUUUGUGAACUAUUGAAAGCUAACGUUGCAUCUGUUUAAUCAGGACCUCAGAAAGCAAGAAAGAUAUAAAAAGGGCCUAUCAAAUAUGUCCUCCCCCCAGUCAUAUUCAAGGCGGCAGUGGUGUUGUUACCUUUGCGAUUUGCCUAAGAUGCCAUGGGCUAUGAUCUGGGACUUUAGCGAGACUGUCUGCCGAGGCUGUGUGAAUUAUGAAGGUACGGACCGUAUUGAAUUUCUCAUAGAGACGGCAAGGCAGUUGAAAAUAACUCAUGUUAUGCAGGAUGACAGGUCCCCGUGUCCCCAACCCACUAAACAUGGCCCAGGUGGGAGAGAUGGACCUAUGGAGGGUUGCAGGCCACUUCCUGAACGCUUUGAAAGGGGAAGAGGGGACUACGGAGCCCCAGCACGGAUCCCCAACGGUCUGCACAGAAUAGAUGACGGGGGCCCACAACAAGAACUCAGUGGACAGAGCCCUAACAACGCCAGAAGACCCAUGGGGGGUACCGUUCCUCCCAAUUUAAUGACACAAGGCCUUGUGGGGGCUCCACACGGGUUGCUAGCAGCUGUGCCUGGUUUAAAUGCCAGAGUCGGGGGAGCCCCCCUCACCCUCUCUGCCCCCAUGCUGAACGAGAUCACCAAGAGGCAGCUGAGCAUGGGCAUGGGUGUGGCCUCCUUCCUGAGCCCUGAGUUUGAGAAGGAGCUGAGGGAGAAGCAGAGGAACGCAGAGGCUCUGGCUGAGCUGUCAGAGAGUGUACGGAACCGAGCAGACGACUGGGCCGGCCGACCCAAGGCUGUACGAGGGGCCCUGCUCACCCUCUCCGGCUGCACCCCCUUCAACGUGCGCUUCAAGAAGGACCACAGCCUGGUGGGACGGAUCUUGGCCUUCGACGCCAAGCUGGCGCUGGACUUUGAGCUGAAGAUCUUUGCGGAGUACCCGUGUGGCUCGGGGAACAUGUUCUCCAGCCUGGCGGCGCUGGUCAAGCAGAUGUUCCACGACAGCCAGAGAGACUCAGGGAGCAAGAUGGUCAACUCGGGCCUAAAGUAUGUGGAGUACGAGAAAAGGCAUGGCGCGGGGGACUGGCGACUCCUCUCAGAGCUGCUGAGUGAUGCGGUAAGGGCCUUUAAGGACACCCCCGGCCCUGACGUUCUCCCCCAGCCCUACCUGGACGCCAGCUGCUCCAUGCUGCCCACAGCGCUGUGUCACAUGUCCCGCUCGGCUCCGCCAGUCCGCGGGCGCCGGAGGAAGGCUUCCCCAGAGCCCCAGGGUGGAGAGGUAGUGACGACAGAGGAGCAGCUCCGGCAGCACUGGCCCAUGGGGAUGUACCCAGGAAUGGCUAUCCACCUAGCUGCCUCCUCCUUCCCCAGCGUUAGCCAGCCUCCUCCCCACCAGGAGGGCUCGGCCUCCCAUUCCCACAGCAGCGACCCCUCCCCCAUCACAGCACUGAUGAGCGUGGCUGAGUCACCCAGAGAGGCCCCUAGCAGCAGCAGUAGUGGUGGAGGCCUGGGCCACUCCUCCUUGGCAGUGAGGCAGAGCAGCAGCAGCCCCAUGGCGGCCUGCCCUGCGGGGCAGCAGCGGCACCUGGCCUCCAGGAAUGGGGAACCUCAGGGAGCCAGCAACUCUACAGGGGGCACCACAGCAGCUCUACCCCUGGCUGGGGCCUCGGACCAGGGAGCAGGGGACCCCUCCAGCUCCUCUGGUCCCCCUCUCUGCUGCACCAUUUGCCACGAGCGCUUGGAAGACACUCACUUUGUCCAGUGCCCCUCUGUUGCGGCCCAUAAGUUCUGCUUCCCUUGCACCAGAGACUUCAUCCGUAGCCAGGGGGCCGGCAGCGAGGUGUUCUGCCCCAGUGGAGAGCGGUGUCCCCUGGUGGGCUCCAACGUGCCCUGGGCCUUCAUGCAGGGAGAGAUCGCUACCAUCCUGGCUGGAGAUGUCAAGGUGAAGAAGGAGCGCGACCCCUAAAUCCUCUGGGACAGCUGACUAAGGCUGUUGACGCCUGUGUGGAGCUGGAGCCUGCAGACAGAUAACGACAAUCUCAACAGGUUCUCCCCACCUCGCAGCCAAUCACCACAGCAAUCCGCCAGGUUCUCCCCACCUCGCAGCCAAUCACCACGGAAAUCCACCAGGUUCUCCCCAACUCACAGCCAAUCAUCAUACACAUCCACCUGCAUGGAGCAGGCCUUACACUACCACUUCACUGUCUUGUUGGUUAGGGGGGGUGACGAUACCCCCAGCCCCAGCUCACCUCUAAUACCUAAUUCACCCCUUUGUCCCUCAAACAUCAACUUAUUUACAUUAGUAUUGGUCACUAGUAUUAGUCACUGAAGUUAUAAACCAGUGGACCAUGGUUGAGAAGUAUGAACUUCAUCUAGCCUCUGGUUCUAGGUGAUUUUAGGGUUGUUUCAUUGAACAUCUUUCUAACAGAUUUCUGAGUGGCAACGUGAAAGAGGGACGACUUCACUACAUGUUGCAGCAACAUACAGACUAGAAGUGUUUUGUUUUGCGCCACAUUUGCGCUUUACGUUAAAAAAACUGACUGUCUCGGAGCGAAUUGUUUGCUCCUUGUUGAAACCUCCGACUAGCAGCAGUUGACGUCUGUCGCGCCAUCGAUAUUAUAAGAGAGCAACGGUGGCUUUCAGUGCUAGACGAUACAGUAACAUGGCUUUCACAGUGCCCAACAAAGACGCUUUUAUCCAGCAUGUAUGAAAUGGGAUGGAUACCUCUCUAUUUUAUACUGAAUGUUCGAAUGCAAGACGAUCUUGCUCCGCGGUAAUAGAUGUGCAAUCUAUAGUUUUGAGACCAAUACAGCUUGUAAUAUAAUAAUAAUAAUAAUAUAUGCCAUUUAGCAGACGCUUUUAUCCAAAGCGAUCUUACAGUCAUGUGUGCAUACAUUCUAUAUGGGUGGU